UGCCUCAUCAAAUUCAGCAGAUUGCAAAGAUUACACACUCCAACAACACAUUUUGAGAGAGAGAGAGAGAGAGAGAAAGGACAAUAAUGGAGGAUGAUAAAAGAAAAGAAAAUAAAGAACUGAAUAGAGAAGAAGAAGAAGAGUUGAACAUGGCGGAUGAAGAUCAUCAUAUGACAACCGUUGAUUGGAAAGGCAGACCUUCCCACUCUCUAAACCAUGGAGGAAUGAAAGCUGCCGUCUUUGUUCUUGGGCUUCAAACAUUUGAGAUAAUGGGGAUAGCAGCAGUUGGGAACAAUCUGAUAACUUAUGUUAUAAAUGAGAUGCACUUUCCACUUUCAAAAUCUGCAAACAUAGUCACCAACUUCAUCGGAACAAUCUUCAUUCUUGCACUUCUUGGCGGUUAUCUUUCUGAUUCUUAUCUAGGAUGUUUCUGGACCAUGCUUAUCUUUGGUUUUAUUGAGCUCUCUGGUUUCAUAUUAUUGUCAGUCCAAGCCCAUCUGCCCCAAUUGAAGCCAGCAAAAUGUAACAUGAUAAAUGGAGACAAUAUUAUUUGUGAAGAGGCAAAAGGCUUGAAGGCUCUAACAUUCUUUGUGGCACUCUAUUUAGUAGCAUUAGGGAGUGGUUGUGUAAAACCUAAUAUGAUUGCUCAUGGAGCUGACCAAUUCAAUAAAGAUGAUAAUCAUGGUUCCAAUCAGUCCAAGAAACUUUCUUCUUAUUUCAACGCCGCUUAUUUUGCAUUCUCGGUUGGUGAACUGGUUGCCCUAACGCUUUUGGUCUGGGUCCAAACUCAUUCUGGCAUGGAUAUUGGCUUUGGCUUGUCGGCUAUCACCAUGGCUAUGGGCUUGGUUUGUUUGGUUUGUGGUACACUUGUUUAUCGGAAUAAGCCUCCCCAAGGAAGCAUCUUGACUCCAAUUGCUCAAGUAAUUGUAGCAGCAUUUUUAAAGAGAAAGCAAGUUUACCCAUCUAACCCACAAAUGCUACAUGGAAGUCAAAACAAGACUCUAAGUCUCCAUACACAAAGAUUCAGGUUCUUGUACAAGGCUUGUAUAAGAACAAGCCGAGUCGACAACAAUGAAAGUGCAUGGAAGCUAUGUACGAUGGCUCAGGUCGAACAAGUGAAGAUUCUUUUAUCGGUCAUCCCAAUAUUCGCGUGCACAAUAGUGUUCAACACCAUCUUGGCUCAACUCCAAACAUUCUCAGUUCAACAAGGAAGUUCUAUGAAUACCCAAAUCACUAAAUCUUUCCAUAUUCCCCCGGCCUCUCUCCAAUCCAUCCCUUAUAUAAUCCUCAUCGUAUUGGUCCCUCUUUACGACACUUUCUUCGUUCCCUUUGCUAGAAAAUUCACCGGCCAUGACUCAGGAAUCAAACCCUUGAACAGGAUCGGCAUUGGCCUAUUUGUAGUCGUAUUUUCAAUGGUUUCGGCUGCUUUAAUGGAAAACAAAAGAAAGAAUGCAGCUUUACAUGACGGAGAAAUUAUAUCCAUCUUUUGGAUCACGCCUCAAUUCUUAAUCUUUGGGAUAUCGGAGAUGUUUACUGCGGUUGGACUCAUUGAGUUCUUCUACAAUCAGUCGUUAAAAGGAAUGCAAUCUUUUUUAACCGGUUUGACUUAUUGUUCAUACGCAUUUGGUUUCUUUUUGAGCUCGGUCUUGGUUUCUUUGGUGAAUAAGGUAACCUCUAGCUCGUCGGGUGGAGGUUGGUUGAGCAAUAAUGAUCUCAACAAGGACCGGUUAGAUAUGUUCUAUUGGUUGCUAGCUGUUCUAAGCUUGCUUAACUUCUUCAACUAUCUUUUUUGGGCAAGAUGGUACUCGAGGAAUCUUUGUGGAUCAGCCUCGUCUGAAUUUGGCUUCGAGAACAUUAUGGGAAACAAUAAUACUAACAACCAUUUGAACCCAUCAAAGUGUGAUGGAGAUCAUGAUAUUAUUAAUGCCCAUAUACCUUGAAGUUCAUGUUUGACCUAAUUAACUACUAUAUAUAUAUAUUACAAUACAAAAAAUAAAACUAAAAAAUGAUUUAUGUUAGUACUGUCUAAGUGCUUUUAGUCAUGAUACAAAAUAUAUGGAGAAAAUUGAUGGUAUUCAUCAUAAAGAAUGACCAAAAGGGUUCCUUGGGAAUUAAGACGUUGUAAUAUGUGUGAAAAGAAUGGUAAUUUAGGACACCUUUUGUGGUUUGAAAUAUAUGAAUUUUAUAUUGAAAAUAAUCAUUUGUUA